AGUCAGAGCUACAGACAAAACUUAACCAUUGAGAGAGAGAGAGAGAGAGAGAGAGAGAGAGAGAGAGAGAGGAGGGCAUUGCAUAAUAAAUCGGUAAUGUGCGACAGGGACCGGCACCGACUGACACUUAACUUAUUGUUCGGAUUGAGCCUAUUAUAUACAGUUUGUCAACUUUGACCAGUUUUGAUAUAACAUAUCAUAUAUAUAUAUAUAUAUAUAUAUGAGUAUACGUUUUUUUAACCUUAUAAUUUGUUGUUAUUUUGUUUAUUUAGAUGAUAAACAUGUGGAAGUCUAAGAACUCCACGGAGAGUUCUUGUCCAACUUCUUACGCGAACGAUGUUGACAAAGUUGUCAGAAACGCGCAUCUCUCCGUUCUUAACGCUUUCUGAGCCCUAAAUUCUCAUCCGAUGUUUCCUGAAAUUGGGAAAUACUGUAGGAGUGAACGUUUCUGAAUUGCACAUAGAGAGCUCGUCAUUCAAGUCCAAAGUGAAAGCUAUGACCUCGGCCACGCCCCCUUCCUCCCGUAGCCCCUCCCCACAGAAAGUCUGCCACUCCCAGACACAGACAGAUGUUCUGAAGCCACUGCUGGGUGGAGGAGGUGGGGCUUCUACAGGAAAUGGACCUGCUGCAUUAAGACGUCGUCGACGGGUGCUUUCAAAAGAUGGCCGGAGCAAUGUUCGUAUCGAACAUGUCAGUGGCCGAGGGACACUUUACUUGCGUGACCUGUGGACGACCUUUCUGGACAUGCAGUGGCGCUACAAGCUUUUCCUGUUUUCAGCCACCUUCGCUGGCACCUGGUUUGUCUUUGGAGUGCUGUGGUACUUGGUGGCACUUGUGCAUGGAGAUUUGCUAGAGUUUGACCCUCCAUCCAACCACACUCCAUGCGUAAUGCAGGUCCAAACUCUGACAGGGGCGUUCCUUUUCUCCCUGGAAUCACAAACUACCAUUGGCUACGGCUUUCGCUGCAUCACUGAGGAAUGUCCACUCGCCAUCAUCCUGCUAAUUGUCCAGCUUGUCAUCACCAUGGUGAUGGAGAUCUUCAUUACUGGAACUUUCCUUGCCAAGGUAGCUCGGCCGAAGAAACGUGGUGAGACAGUGAAGUUCAGUCAGCAUGCGGUGGUCGCCAAUCAUGAGGGACGACCUUGUCUCAUGAUCCGUGUAGCUAACAUGCGUAAGAGCCUGCUUCUAGGCUGCCAGGUAACAGGUAAGCUGCUGCAGACGUCCUUAACUAAAGAGGGGGAGACAGUGCGUCUGGACCAGAGGAAUGUAACCUUUCAAGUUGACACGUCCACUGACAGCCCCUUCCUCAUCCUGCCCCUCACUUUCUACCAUGUGAUAGAUGACAACAGCCCACUGCGAGCCUGGGCAGCUAAAGGUGGUGGAUGGACAGAUCCAGAGAUGGCUGACUUUGAACUGCUUGUAAUCAUGAGUGCUACUGUGGAGCCAACUUCGGCCACCUGCCAGGUGCGCACCUCCUACCUUCCUGACGAGAUCUUGUGGGGCUACGAGUUCCCUCCUGUCGUCUCCCUCUCCCCCUCUGGAAAGUAUGUAGCUGAUUUUGCCUUCUUUGACAAGGUUGCCAAGACCAAGACCCUGCCCCUCUUUAAACAAUCUCCGCCUCCCAACACCCAUUCACCCCAUCACCAAGGCGGUGGAGGUGGUGGAGACCAAGGGCCGGAUAUGGAGAAGAUGAGACUGGAGGAGAGUUACCGGGAAGAAAGGGGGCGGGAAAGGGGACGGGUUCGAGACCAGCUUAGCGUCCGUAUUAGUAACGUCUAGUGGAAAAAAACAGAAAAUUAUGGAGAGGUGAAGAAUGGGUCUGAUGGAGAUAAAUUGCCAGAGCACUUGUUUGAUUCCAUGUUAGCCAA